AUGUCCGGCGCGCAGAAGAGGAAGAAGAAGAGGGAGAAAGAAGAGCUCGCCGCGGAAAUGGAGCGGUUGAAGCUCGGACCGACGCCGCUUUGGACGGGAUUGGUGUUGCAUCACAAGGAUAUUUUUGUAUCGCAUGUGCUUCCGAAAUUGAAUAGGACAGAUCGGUUUUUCUUUAAGAAGGUGAAUAGAGAGAGUUGGGGUGUGCUUGCGUACGCCGGGGUAAACGUAUCGAAAUUAAAUUGGGGUAUUUACGAAUGUUCAUCCAUUUCGACGUUGGAGUGGGCGUGGGCGUGGAAUUAUACGAGAUGGGGACAGAAAAAUAAAAGUGGAAGAGUGAUGGAUCAAGCCUGGUUUUGCUCGGUAGUUGCUGGAACGAACAAACUCGAGUUUCUCAAGUGGGCGAGAGAAGUGAAACAGUGCGAGUGGGAUGAAAGGACGAUUACUGUGGCAGCAUGUUAUGGUAAUCUCGAGAUGUUGAAGUACUGCUUCUCUAACGAUUGCCCGUAUGAUGAAGAACAGGCGUGUGGACUAGCAGCUGAUAGAGGACACCUCGACUGUCUUCGAUUUCUUUUCGACAAAGUAAAACCUUCGCGAAGGACGGAGAAAAACGCAGCAUUACUGGCAGCAAGCGAUGGUCACAUGCACAUCUUGAGAUAUUUUGUUGAAGAAAGAAAGAUAUCUGAUAAGGCAACGAUCCUCUGUGUGGCAACCGCUGCAAGGGAUGGCCAACUCGAUUGUAUCAAAUACUUAGUCGAAGAGGCGAAAGCGCCUCUUAACGACUGGGAAGACAUCGCUUUCGCUCGGUACUACGAGCAACCCGAGUGCGAAAACUACAUGCUCGAAAAAGGGUGCCCGGAACCAACGGACGAAGAAUACGCUGAAUUUGUCGAAAAUCGGCAACGAGAUUCCGAGGAUUAG